AUGACGGCCCGCUCUGCCAGCAGCUUAGUGCUCUGCCGCCUGCUGCUGCUGCUGCUGCUGCUGCUGCUCCAAGCAUCACCUGGCCUUGGCAUCAGCCCCCAGCCCAGAGGGCACCUGUGUCGGACGCGGCCCACGGACCUGGUGUUCGUCGUGGACAGCUCUCGCAGCGUGCGGCCAGUGGAGUUCGAGAAGGUGAAGGUGUUCCUGUCGCAGGUCAUCGAGUCGCUGGCGGUGGGGCCCAACGCCACGCGGGUGGGCCUGGUCAACUAUGCCAGCACCGUGCAGCAGGAGUUCCCGCUGCGCGCGCACAGCUCCAAGGCCGCGCUGCUCCAGGCGGUGAGCCGCCUCCGGCCGCUGUCCACCGGCACCAUGACCGGCCUCGCCCUGCAGUUUGCCAUCACCAAGGCCCUCAGCGAUGCGGAGGGUGGUCGCAGCAGGUCCCCCGACAUCAGCAAGGUGGUCAUCGUGGUGACGGAUGGGAGGCCCCAGGACAGCGUGCGGGACGUGUCCGCACGGGCCAGGGCCGGCGGCAUCGAGCUGUUCGCCAUUGGCGUGGGCCGUGUGGACAAGGCCACGCUGCGGCAGAUGGCCAGCGAGCCGCAGGACGAGCACGUGGACUACGUGGAGAGCUACAGCGUCAUCGAGAAGCUGUCCAAGAAGUUCCAGGAGGCCUUCUGCGUGGUGUCAGACCUAUGUGCCACAGGAGAUCAUGAUUGUGAGCAGGUGUGUGUCAGCUCCCCAGGCUCCUACACCUGUGCCUGCCAUGAAGGCUUCACCCUGAACAGUGAUGGCAAGACAUGCAAUGUCUGCAGUGGUGGCGGUAGCAGCUCAGCCACUGACCUGGUCUUCCUCAUUGAUGGAUCCAAGAGUGUGCGGCCGGAGAACUUUGAGCUGGUGAAGAAGUUCAUCAACCAGAUUGUGGACACUCUGGAUGUGUCUGACAGGCUGGCCCAGGUUGGGCUGGUGCAGUACUCCAGCUCGGUGCGCCAGGAGUUCCCACUGGGUCGCUUCAACACCAAGAAGGACAUCAAGGCCGCUGUGAGGAACAUGUCCUACAUGGAGAAGGGCACCAUGACCGGGGCUGCCCUCAAGUAUCUCAUUGACAAUUCCUUCACUGUGUCCAGUGGGGCCAGGCCCGGGGCCCAGAAGGUGGGCAUCGUCUUUACCGAUGGCCGGAGCCAGGACUCCAUCAAUGAUGCGGCGAGGAAGGCCAAGGAUCUUGGUUUUAAGAUGUUUGCCGUGGGUGUGGGCAAUGCCGUGGAAGAUGAGCUGAGAGAAAUCGCCUCGGAGCCCGUGGCAGAACACUACUUCUACACAGCCGACUUCAAGACCAUCAACCAGAUCGGCAAGAAGUUGCAGAAGAAGAUCUGCGUUGAAGAAGACCCCUGUGCCUGCGAGUCCAUAGUGAAGUUUGAGGCCAAAGUGGAGGAGCUGCUGCAGGCCCUGACCAGGAAACUGGAAGUGGUGAGCAAGCGGCUGUCCAUCCUGGAGAACAGAAUCGUCUAA